GCAGCUGCGUUGCGGAGCGUCCCGGGCCCCACCAUCACUGGGCUCCGUUCACGACACACGGUUACAUGGAUAUAUCUGCCGAUCUUUUGCUCUCUGCUCCUGUCGCCAUUUUCGUCUCUUUCCCCCGCUUACGCGUUAAAAUUUCAGUACUGCUGGAUUCUCUCUCUCUCUCUCUCCCUCUGGACUCGCGUCACCUGUUCUCUCAACUUCUUAUUACCGUCGCAGAGACCCAUCUGUAAGAAAACGGUUUUUUUUCAAAGAAACGAAGAAGUCGAAGGCAACGGAGAGGAUACACCUGAGGACCCUUUUCUUUCUCUAUUUUAAUCGCGUAUUUUAUUCUCUCACAUUUAUUUCUUCGUCCUCUACGUUUUAUUUUUAUCCGCGGGAUUGGGUUUUCUUGUGAUGGGUGCAUGAGGAAACUGCGGGCCGAAGAAGCUGAGCUGAGGGGAAAAGGCAGUCUUUUUGGUCAUUUUGGAGCCAUGAAAGAGGUAGAGCAGCCGAUUUUUGUUCUGGGAUUUUUGAUUUGAGGAGCUUCGAGUGGUGGGUAUGCGUGAUGGACACAGGAGGUCGACUUGUUGCAGGUUCCCACAACAGAAAUGAGUUCGUCCUCAUUAAUGCAGAUGAGAUUGGACGAGUGAAGUCUGUGAGAGAAUUAAGUGGGCAAAUCUGCCAGAUUUGUGGAGACGAAGUGGAGAUUACAGAGGAUGGGGAGCCUUUUGUAGCCUGUAAUGAAUGUGCUUUCCCUGUGUGCCGGCCUUGCUAUGAGUAUGAGAGAAGGGAGGGCAAUCAGGCUUGCCCUCAGUGCAAAACCAGAUACAAGCGCAUCAAAGGCAGUCCCAGAGUUGACGGAGAUGAAGAAGAGGAUGGCAUUGAUGAUUUGGAAAAUGAGUUCGAUUUUCGGAGUCGGGACACGCAACAUACUGCCGAGGCCAUUCUCUCUUCUCGCCUUAAUGUUGGUCGUGGGCCCAAUGCCAAUGCAUCAGGGGUCACCAUGCCUUCAGAUCAUUCUUCCUCCCUUAAUCCUGAAAUCCCUCUCCUGACCUAUGGUCAAGAGGAUGCUGAGAUUUCCCCUGAUAGACAUGCUCUUAUAAUACCUCCUUUUGUGGGUCAUGGAAAACGGAUCCAUCCAGUGCCAUUUCCUGAUUCAUCCAUGUCUUUGCAACCGAGAUCAAUGGAUCCUAAGAAAGACUUGGCAGUAUAUGGAUAUGGCAGUGUUGCAUGGAAGGACAGAAUGGAGGAGUGGAAGAAAAAGCAAAAUGAUAAAUUGCAGAUGGUCAAGCACCUGAGUGAAAAUGGUGGUGGGAACUAUGAUGGAGAUGAUGCAGAUGAUCCUGAUUUGCCCAAGAUGGACGAAGGCAGGCAGCCACUUUCAAGAAAGUUGCCCAUUCCUUCAGGCAAAAUAAAUCCAUACAGAAUGAUAAUUGUUCUUCGGCUCGUGAUUCUAGGUUUCUUUUUUCAUUAUAGAAUUCUCCACCCAGUCCAGAAUGCAUAUGGAUUAUGGCUGACAUCCAUUGUUUGUGAAAUAUGGUUUGCAAUAUCAUGGAUCUUGGAUCAGUUCCCCAAAUGGUACCCUAUUGAACGAGAAACAUAUCUUGAUCGACUCUCUCUAAGGUAUGAGAAGGAAGGGAAGCCGUCUGAAUUGGCUGACCUAGACAUUUUUGUAAGUACAGUUGAUCCUAUGAAGGAGCCACCUCUCAUCACUGCAAACACUGUUUUAUCCAUCCUAGCUGUGGAUUAUCCAGUCGACAAAGUCUCAUGCUAUGUCUCAGAUGAUGGUGCUGCAAUGCUUACUUUUGAAGCCCUUUCUGAGACUUCCGAGUUUGCAAGGAAGUGGGUUCCAUUCUGUAAGAAGUUUAAUAUUGAGCCCCGGGCUCCAGAAUGGUACUUUGCUCAGAAGAUUGACUAUUUAAAGGAUAAAGUCCACCCAACCUUUGUGAGGGAACGACGUGCAAUGAAGAGAGAAUAUGAAGAGUUCAAGGUUCGGAUAAAUGGGUUGGUUGCCAUGGCACAGAAGGUUCCCGAGGAUGGCUGGACAAUGCAAGAUGGAACCCCAUGGCCAGGGAACAAUUUACGGGAUCAUCCAGGAAUGAUCCAGGUAUUCCUUGGGCAUGAUGGUGUACGUGAUGUUGAAGGAAAUAUGCUACCACGUCUAGUUUAUGUUUCUCGUGAGAAGAGACCAGGAUUUGAUCACCACAAAAAAGCUGGGGCUAUGAAUUCUUUGGUGAGGGUCUCAGCGGUCCUUUCCAAUGCUCCUUACCUUCUGAAUGUUGAUUGUGAUCACUAUAUAAAUAACAGCAAGGCCCUCAGAGAGGCUAUGUGCUUUAUGAUGGAUCCCAUAUCUGGAAAGAAAGUCUGCUAUGUGCAGUUUCCUCAGCGGUUUGAUGGAAUUGAUCGUCACGACAGAUAUUCAAAUCGCAAUGUUGUGUUCUUUGAUAUUAACAUGAAGGGUCUAGAUGGGAUCCAAGGGCCAAUAUAUGUUGGAACGGGGUGUGUUUUCAGAAGGCAAGCUCUAUAUGGAUAUGAUGCCCCUGUAAAGGAGAAGCCUCCAGGAAAAACAUGCAACUGUUGGCCUAAAUGGUGUUGCCUGUGUUGUGGGUCCAGAAAGAAUAAGAAAAUAAAGACAAGGAAGGAAAAGAAGAAGAAGCCAAAGCACUGGGAAGCAUCAACUCAGAUACAUGCACUUGAAAAUAUUGAAGAGGGAAUUGAAGGAAUAGACAAUGAGAAAUCAUCCCUCAUGUCCCAAAUGAAAUUUGAGAAAAAGUUUGGGCAAUCUCCGGUAUUUAUAGCUUCCACACUUUUAGAAAACGGAGGAAUUCAUCAGGAAGCAAGCUCUGCAUCUUUGUUAAAAGAAGCCAUCCAUGUAAUUAGUUGUGGUUAUGAAGAUAAAACAGAAUGGGGAAAAGAGGUUGGCUGGAUAUAUGGCUCUGUUACGGAGGAUAUUCUAACAGGCUUCAAGAUGCACUGCCAUGGCUGGCGGUCUGUGUACUGCAUGCCUAAGAAGCCUGCAUUCAAAGGAUCGGCUCCCAUCAACCUCUCAGAUCGUUUGCACCAGGUUCUUCGUUGGGCCCUUGGAUCUGUAGAGAUAUUACUGAGCAAGCAUUGCCCAAUUUGGUAUGGCUAUGGGUGCGGUUUGAAAUGGUUGGAGAGAUUCAACUAUAUAAAUGCAGUUGUAUAUCCUUUGACAUCCAUUCCUUUGAUUGCAUAUUGUACCCUGCCGGCUGUGUGCCUCCUUACUGGAAAUUUCAUUGUCCCCGAGAUUAGUAACUAUGCUGCCAUUGUUUUCAUGGCUCUGUUCAUAUCCAUUGCUGCAACAAGUAUUCUCGAGAUGCAGUGGGGACGUGUACAAAUAGAUGACUUGUGGAGAAACGAGCAGUUUUGGGUGAUUGGUGGUGUUUCAUCGCACCUUUUUGCUCUCUUCCAGGGUCUGCUCAAGGUUUUAGCUGGUGUAAACACAAACUUCACGGUAACAUCUAAAGCAGGAGAUGAUGGCGAAUUUUCAGAACUUUACCUCUUCAAAUGGACGUCGUUGUUGAUCCCUCCCAUGACGUUGCUGAUCAUCAACAUAAUUGGGGUGGCGGUUGGAGUCUCGGAUGCCAUCAAUAAUGGGUAUGAAUCAUGGGGCCCAUUGUUUGGUAAACUGUUUUUUGCCUUCUGGGUCAUUGUCCAUCUCUAUCCAUUCCUCAAGGGAUUGAUGGGAAAGCAGGAUAGGCUACCAACCAUCAUUGUUGUUUGGUCGAUUCUUCUUGCCUCAAUAUUCUCACUUUUAUGGGUUCGGAUCAAUCCAUUUUUGUCUAAGGACGGUCCUGUAUUAGAAGUUUGUGGUUUGGACUGCGAUGACUGAUUUAUAAACAGAGAAUAGAUGGUUAGAAUUAUAUGUAGAAAAGGCUGGUUGGGAGUUGCAGAAGAGCUCUUAUUCUUCCAACCCAAGAUGGAGAGAUCCAUUGGAUGGUUUUGCAUGGUGAGUAUCAUCAGCCAUAGAGAGUUAGAGAUGGGGAAAAUAUGGCGGGAGUUUGUAGAUACAAGUUUGGGUGCUGACACAUUCAUUUUUGUUUUACAAAGUUCUGAUUUAUUCUUUUAAUUCAAAGUGUGCUUUUCGUGGGUUGGAUGAGGUUGGUUUUAGACUUUCAGAGGACCUGCCUUUAAUCCCAUGAUAGCAUUGGUUAAUUAUAGAUGAUUUGCUGUUUAAACUAUAAUUGGUUCCCAUUCGAAAGGGGCUAAACAUGUAGAGGUUUCCAAUAUAUUUUCCCUUUAUUGAUUUUCUUUAUUUCUUGGUUCUUUGCUUUGUUGUACGAAUUCUUUUGCACUCAUGGUGAUCAUUAUAUAACAAUUUUAUGUAAUUCAGUGCUUUGGACUCUGUAAUGUCAAUGAAAGAAAAAGCUUUGCAAUGGUGAAA